GAAGACCUUCAGCAUUGCCCUGGCAGAGCAGAGCCAGGCCCUCUAGUUGGAGAUAUGUGUAACACGCCGACUUACUGUGACCUAGGAAAGGCCGCGAAGGAUGUCUUCAAUAAAGGAUAUGGAUUUGGCAUGGUCAAAAUAGAUCUGAAAACCAAGUCCUGUAGUGGAGUGGAAUUUUCUACUUCUGGUCAUGCCUACACUGAUACAGGGAAAGCGUCAGGCAAUCUAGAGACCAAAUAUAAGAUCUGUAACUAUGGACUUACCUUCACUCAGAAAUGGAAUACAGACAAUACUCUUGGAACAGAAAUCUCUUUGGAGAAUAAGUUGGCUGAAGGGUUGAAACUGACUCUUGAUACCAUAUUUGUACCGAACACAGGAAAGAAGAGUGGAAAAUUGAAGGCCUCGUAUAAACGGGAUUGUUUCAGUCUUGGCAGUAACGUUGAUAUUGAUUUUUCUGGACCAACCAUCUAUGGCUGGGCUGUGUUAGCUUUUGAAGGUUGGCUUGCUGGCUAUCAGAUGAGUUUUGACACAGCCAAAUCCAAACUGUCACAGAAUAAUUUCGCCCUGGGUUACAAGGCUGCAGACUUCCAGCUGCACACUCAUGUGAAUGAUGGCACUGAAUUUGGAGGGUCUAUCUACCAGAAGGUUAACGAGAAGAUAGAAACGUCAAUAAACCUUGCUUGGACGGCCAGCAGUAACAACACCUGUUUUGGUAUCGCUGCUAAAUACAAGCUGGACUAUAGAACUUCUCUGUCUGCUAAAGUAAAUAAUGCCAGCCUGACCGGACUGGGUUAUACUCAGACCCUUCGACCGGGCGUCAAACUGACCCUGUCAGCUUUAAUCGAUGGAAAGAACUUCAAUGCAGGAGGCCACAAGGUUGGGUUGGGAUUUGAACUAGAAACUUAACGUGGUUUUGAGUAAAGCAUCCGAUUUGUCCCUGGAGGUGAAGAGAACCCACUAUGUUUUGGCCUUAAAAUUCUUCUGUGAAAUUUCAAAAGUGUGAACUUUUUAUUCUUCCAAAGAAUUGUAAUCCUCCCCACACUGAAGUCUAGAGAUCGCAAGUCCAUCCAAAGGGAGGUACUUGAAGGCAUGCCUGGAAGUUGUCAUGUUUGUGCCACAUUUCAGCUGAGUUCCGCAGUGUUAUUUUUAAUGUGUUCCUCAGCGAUAGUGUAGCGUCAUGUUACAAAGGAAAUGACCCGGUCCUCCAGUACAUCACGUCCUGCAUGUCCCACGCCACUUUUUCAUGACCUUUUAAUAUAUUGGUCUCUGUGCUGUAGUGGAAUCUUUGGUUUUGCAUCAGAAUAAAAUAAAAUAAACCUAUCACAUUUGGAACA